ACGACAAACACUUCGCACUGACAGUUGUCGUUGGCCGCGAAAUUUCCUUGAUGGCUUCUGUAUUUUCUAGUGAUUAUGGUCUUCUUGAUCCCAUCAACUAUAAUCAUUUGAAAUCUGAUGCUGAUGGGGGCAACACAAUUCUGCUGAAGUCUUCGGGGGUAUAGAUAGAUUGGAGGAAAUGUUUUUUGCUUCCUCCAACACUCGCACUGAGGUGGAGUUUACUAUCAAGAAAUUGAACAGAGUAUGCUAGCAUUUCAAGAAUCUCAGAGAAAGAGAUGGGAAAAGGGAAAGUGGGUUUUUCUGUGAUGGCGUUGCUGGUCAUACUAGGUCUGAUUUUGGGGUCUUCAUCUGCUUCCAGUGAUGAUAGGCGGCAAAGAUGGAGAAAGACAAUGCUAUCAGGAGAAAUGAUGUCGUCAAUGAUGCUCAACAGAAUUGGAUCAUCCAUUGUUUUUCCUCUUCAUGGGAAUGUAUAUCCUAUCGGAUAUUAUAAUGUUACUCUAAAUAUAGGGCAACCAUCAAGACCCUACUUUCUUGAUAUAGACACAGGAAGUGACCUCACAUGGCUCCAGUGUGAUGCUCCCUGUCGCCAAUGUACUGAGGCACCUCAUCCACUUUACCGACCCAGCAACAACCUAGUGAUUUGCAAGGAUCCCAUCUGUGCAUCUUUGCAGCCACCUGGUGAGCACAACUGUCAAGACCCAGAGCAGUGUGACUACGAGGUUGAGUAUGCGGAUGGUGGAUCAUCCCUUGGUGUCCUUGUCAAGGAUGUCUUUCUUCUUAACUGCACAAAUGGAAAGCGGCUUAAUCCUCUUCUGGCCCUCGGAUGUGGAUAUGAUCAGUUUCCAGGUAGAGAUCAUCAUCCCAUAGACGGAAUACUUGGCCUCGGCAGGGGAAUAUCCAGCAUCCCAUCUCAGCUUAGUAGCCAAGGUUUGGUGCAAAAUGUAAUAGGCCACUGUUUAAGUGGGCGCGGUGGAGGAUUUCUCUUCUUUGGAGAGGAUAUCUAUGAUUCAUCUCGAGUGGCUUGGACGCCAAUGUCACGCGAGCUUUCCAAAUACUAUUCACCUGGAUUCGCGGAAUUGAUAUUUAACGGAAAAUCAACCGGGAUUAUAAAUUUACUCGCUGUUUUCGACAGCGGGAGCUCUUAUACUUACCUGAAUUCACGGGCAUAUGAAGGAUUACUAUUUUCGUUGAAGAGAGAAUUAUCAGGAAAGCCCUUAGGUGAAACACCGGACCAGACGUUACCACUUUGUUGGAAAGGGAAGAAGCCUUUUAAAAGCAUUCGUGAUGUCAAGAAAUAUUUCAAGACCUUUGCGUUGAGCUUUAUAAGUGGUGGGAGGACUAAAACUAAGUUUGAAUUCUCCCCAGAAGCUUACCUGAUAAUUUCAUCCAAGGGAAAUGCUUGCUUGGGAAUUCUAAAUGGUACAGAAGUAGGGCUGCGGGAUCUAAAUGUCAUUGGAGACAUAUCAAUGCAAGACAGAUUGGUGGUUUACAAUAAUGAGAAGCAAGUGAUUGGGUGGGUCGCUGCAAAUUGUGAUCGGCUUCCCAAGUCCAAAAUCAGUUUCUUUUAAUAACAAUGAUACUCUGAUGAUCUCAUCAUCAUAGGGUAACAUCUGAAAUAUUAUCUGUAUAUAAUAAUAAAGACAAUAGAUCUUUGUAAAGAAUUCUCUAUAUUUACGAAUAUAAAGUGUACAAGGGGGGAUAGGAAAUAUGUGCGAAUUGUAAUUUACAAAAAUAGAUUGUAUGCACAGAAUGGAAAAUACAGCGAUUAGAACCUAUCAAGGCAAAAAGUUAUUAUUAUGUGAAAUGAUGAUUAAGCAA